AUGAGCGCGAACACCGUUCUGGAAGGGAAAGCGGAGGUCUUCGGCGAGCGCCUGUCGGCCCUCCAUGCCCGCACCCACGGGGGGUCUUACCUAGCUCGCUGCCUGUGCGCCUGGCGCGGAGAAGCGGCUCGCAUCCGUGCGGAACGCUCCAAGAACGUUACCGCUGGCGAUCAUGCCAGACGCAAACUUAUGUCGCGCACCCUGGGGGCUUGGCGAGGAGAAACGCGGCAGCGCAUCAACAGCAGGGGCAGGAAGGAGGCGGACCUGAAGCUGCACGCUAUCUCGAAGGAGAUCAUAGGCCGCUAUGAGACGGAGCUAUCCAGCACGCGGGCAGCUCUCGACGAUGCCAUCAGCCAGAUAGCCCUGGAGAAAGCGCGGCAGCGGGAGAUGGAGGAGGGCAUGCGGCGAACUCUCCUGAGGGGGAUGUCCGCCAUGAACAUGGAGGCGAUGAGGCUUAUGACGGAAGCCAGAGACGCAGGCGAGGACGAGUUCGGCCUCAGCGGCACGACGGCUACGACGGGUACGAGGUACUCCGCCGGUGGAACAGACGCACCUUCAUUCGGCGCCCGGGCGGCUGCUGGGGCUGCCCAUCACAGCAGAUUAUCGGAGGAAUGGCCUCGACCGUUGACACCUCCGAGACCAGCUGUGCCGUCUUCGCGCUGAUCAUCAGCUGCAGACAGGUGCCACACGGGAUUCGGGGCCUAGGGGCCUCAGCGAGGAGCACUGGGGCGUUGGGGAGGGUCAUGCUCGCGUCAUUCCAUCAUUCACGGAAUUGGGUUAAUUUUUGAUAGAGCGGAGAAGCACGGAUGUGUCUCGUUUGCCGGCCGGCUACAGUGGCUAAGACUAUACUGUAUUCCAGGUUGUGUGGGGGGUGGCUGGUGUAUGUAUCCGCCGCGGGCCCGCCGUUAUUUUCCCGCUGACCGGAAUAUUUCGGUUUUUACCCGCAUGGCAAACGGUGGUGCUGUGUACACCUUUGUCUGUCUUCGAGACGCUAGUAUGCUCUGCUCGUGCCGCUCGGUGAGUUGCACGGCAUGGUGUUCCCUGGCAGAGUUGGUGCUGUGCUACUGCUACACGGCCUUGUUAUCGUGGGUGAGGUGGCAGUGCAGUCGAUCGCCUGCUUCAGGGUUCUUGGUUGAUUGGGAUCACUGCUUGAACACAACCCCGUCGAGUGCGGUAUUGUCUCGAACGGGUACGUCGUUCAGUGAUGGUAUGUACAUUUUCUG